UAUUCUUAUAGCUGCGAACAGCAACGCAAACAGUAGAUGCCCAGUGGAGUCAAUCUGCAUUAGUCAGAGCAGACAGUUUCUCAGGUUUCUCAGUUAUCGGACCGAAAGAGCACAAUGUAAACUGAUUUUAUCUCCUGGUUUCGUACUCUGAUAAAUUCUUAUGGUAUGUCAUUUUACUUUCCAAUAAUUGAGAUGAAAAAAUAAUGCUUGAUGGGGCAGAGCAGGUGUUCGGAGGGCGAAUCGGAGGAGCUUGAUCGCAAACCAGGGCUGGAUCCAGAGAUGGCAAACCAGAAAGUGAGAGUGGGGGAGAGUGUUUUCUCGGUCGACAGGGCUCUGCUGACAAGGAACUGUGAGUACUUCCGAGCUCUUUUCCAAUCGGGAAUGAGAGAAUGCCAACAGGAGGAAAUUCAUGUAAAGGGACUGCGUGCCCGUGGGUUCCUGGUCACCCUCAGCGUCCUCAAUGGUGAGCGACCCAUUCUGAAUGAUGAAGAGAUCAUUGAGGCCAUAGAAUGCGCUGCAUUUCUUCAGGUGGAUGCUCUUACAAAGCAUCUUAUAAAUAUAAUUCAUUCUGAUAACUGCUUGCUCAUGUACCACACAGCGGCCACCUAUGGCCUGUGGGAGCUUUACCACAGUGCUGCUCUGUUCAUCCGAGACAUGUACCGUGAUCUGGAAGAAGAUGCAAGAUGUUUGCCUGAUGAACUAUUACAGUAUGUGGAAUCUCUGGUCCCCAGUACGUAUGUGACAGUUGGAACACACUCUCCAACUAUCAAAUUGUUACAAGACUUCCAAAGGACGGUUUGUUACUUGGAUGAAGAUGAGAAGGAGUGGAAAGUUUUGACUGAUUUACCAGUUGAUGCUAGCACGACCAUGGCUGGGGUGACGGUCCUUAACAACAAAUUAUACAUUGUUGGAGGUGUGCGUGAUGUGACCAAUCAAGUGGUGGAACCCUGCUUCUGCUACGACCCUGUGAUUGACACCUGGAGCACUUUUGUGAGCCCCCAGCAGCUACGAUAUAACUUUACAUUGGUGGGACAUGAGGAUUACCUUUAUGCCAUUGGUGGAGAAUACGAGAGAACCACCAUGUCAUCGGUGGAAAGGUACAAACUCUCGACUUGCACCUGGUCCUUAGUGUCUCAACUACCUCGGCCAGUGGCCGGUGCGGCAUGCACCAAGGCCAUGAGCAGGAUAUUUGUGUGUCUGUGGAGGCCAAUGGACACCACGGAUAUCUACGAGUAUGUUCCUCCUGAAGACAGAUGGGUGCACAUCACGGCAUUGAUACGCCAGCACAGCUACGGUCACUGCAUGGUGGCACAUAGGGACAACCUAUACGUGAUGCGAAACGGACCCUGCGACGACUUCCUGAGAUGCAUGAUGGACUGCUACAACCUCACCACGGGGCAGUGGACAGCCAUGCCCGGCCUGUAUGAAAACAGCGAAGGUGCUCUCUUUACUGCUGUCGUGAGAGGCGACUCUGUGUUCACCGUUAAACGCAAGAUGACGCUGGAGUUUACAAUUGAGGACAAGAAAAAAUGGAAACCAAAGAAAGAGAUGAAUGGCUUUCCCAGAAUUGGCUCCAUGUGGACAUUUUUACUGAGGCUGCCGAAGAUGGGCAAACUGCCACGGGGUCAAGGAGUCCUGAAUGGGACACUCACCUUGGUCUCGCAAUUGUGGAACAUCUCCAACGCCUCCUCCACUUGGACUGAAUCAUAGCCGAGCUUACACAGCCGAUCGCACGUCACCAGGUAGCUCAGG